GUUACCAACUUUAACCGUUGUGCACGUUUCUUCUAGCGUUACCACAUACAUUGAAAUUUUUUGGAAAUUCUUUAACAGUAUAACUUUUGUUUACGUUAGGAGAAAAUUGUUUUAAGUUCGUUCUAUUAUCCAUCAGUUCAGAUAUUGGAUUUCGUUAUAUGGUAUAAAAAUGUCUUCUGAAGAUGAAAAUGACGAAUUAACAGAUUUAGAAAAAAUACGCGAUAGAAUGUUAAGUCAACCGCGUUGUGAUCGUAUGCAAGUUAGUGCUUGGGAAGACGACGAUGAUGGAGUAGAAGUUGAGCGCAAUGCAAAAGAGCCGGAUGAAAAAGCGAUUUUAAGUGCUGCUGAAAAUGGUGAUAUAGAAAAAAUUAGAAAAUUAUUGAUUAAAAAUCUCAACUUAUUGGAAUGCACGGAUAAAGAUGGAUAUACACCUCUUCAUAGAGCAUGUUAUGGAAAUCAUGUGGAAAUUGUUGAGUAUUUGCUUAAAAUGGGAGCGAAAAUAGAUACAAAGACUAUGGACGAGUGGCAACCAUUACAUUCUGCUUGUUGUUGGAAUAAUGUAGAAUGUGCUGCCAUUCUAAUUGCUAAUGGAGCAGAUGUAAAUGCAAAAAGUAAAGGAGAUCAAACUCCUUUACAUUUAGUAUCAGCAAGUUCUCAUAAUUCUCCUGCUUUACAACUUCUUCUUUUAAAUCCUGAUGUAGAUCACUUGAUAAUAAAUUCAAGUGGUGAUACACCAGAGCAAGUUGCUAGAAGAACUGGUAAAUAUUAUCCUAUGUUUGAAAUAAUUGAACCUUGUUUAAAUGAAAUUUAAAAUGAAUUUUUAUAUAUA